AGCGUCAAUGGGUGCUUGUCGCCCGCCUGAUGUAACUUGACUAAGUUACUCAAGUUCUUUGAAGUCUGACGCUAAGAUAUUGUGUCCGCGUUACUGAUUACAAUAGCCUGAUCGCUUGAGCUCGUCGCCGUCACAAGAUUCUGCUCGUCCCGUUUGCACCUUUGCAAGGCGAAGAGGACACCUCAAUAUUGAACAAGAAGUUUGCCGAACUCGUGGCCAAGCUGCCUUGCGUGAGAACGAUGCAUUCACCUCUAUUGUUAUUUUCGACCAAUCACAUUCUUGUUAUGGUUGGCUAUUGUACUCGUGAGCAACUUGUUUGCCCGGACUAGCUACUCUUUCAGAUCUUUGUUCCGGUGAAACUCGCCUCACAUAAUUUCUUUCAAAUCCGUCUUCAUUUCGAGUGUAAAGCGAAGCCAGUGAAGCCAUAGCGCACGAUGAAUUCAAAGACAAAAAACAGUGCAAAUGGGGUUGAUGAAUAUUUGAAGAAAAAGCGGACUGCUGCUAAAGAAGUGUUAGAUUUAAAGAUGCCAUACCCAUCCCACCCUUAUGACCUUAACACAAGUGUGGAUACUCUUGAUGGGACAAAGGCAUUCAAGAGAGACACUGCUAAUAGAGUGUUCGUCAACAGAAGUCUUAGUCUGGACAAAAUUAAAUUCUUUGGUUUUGACAUGGACUAUACUUUAGCAGUUUAUAAAUCCCCAGUCUAUGAAAAGAAAGCCUUUGACUUAAUCUGUGAGAGGUUAGCCUCUAUUGGUUACCCACAGGAUAUUCUCAAAUUUGAAUACAAUGAAGACUUUCCUGUCAGGGGUCUCUUCUUUGACUGUGAGCUAGGAAAUCUGCUGAAGGUUGACACUUAUGGAAACAUUCUUGUUUGUGUUCAUGGUUUUGAUUUCUUGAACGGUUAUGAAGUGAGGAAAUUGUACCCCAACAAGUUUGUUCAAGCAGACAAUUCAAGAUAUUUCAUACUGAAUACAUUAUUCAACUUGCCAGAAACACAUUUGCUGGCCUGUUUAGUGAAUUACUUUGACAACAGUCCAGAUUUUAAACGAACAAGUAAUGGUGUUAUUAGCUCAGAUGAGUUGCUUUUGACUUACAAAAGCAUUCAUCAAGAUGUCAGGGCAGCAGUAGACUGGGUUCAUUUGAAGGGAACACUGAAACAAAACACUGUUGAUAACCUUGACACAUAUGUUAUUAAAGAGCCUAAACUUGCAAAGUUAUUGAGCAGAAUGAGGAAAAAUGGGCGCAAGACAUUUAUACUUACAAACAGUGGCUAUUCGUACACAGACAAAAUCAUGACGUUCUUGUUGGAUGAAAAAGAUGAGAUAAUGCUCUUUGUUUCUGUUUUAGUUUAUAAAUCCCCAGUCUAUGAAAAGAAAGCCUUUGACUUAAUCUGUGAGAGGUUAGCCUCUAUUGGUUACCCACAGGAUAUUCUCAAAUUUGAAUACAAUGAAGACUUUCCUGUCAGGGGUCUCUUCUUUGACUGUGAGCUAGGAAAUCUGCUGAAGGUUGACACUUAUGGAAACAUUCUUGUUUGUGUUCAUGGUUUUGAUUUCUUGAACGGUUAUGAAGUGAGGAAAUUGUACCCCAACAAGUUUGUUCAAGCAGACAAUUCAAGAUAUUUCAUACUGAAUACAUUAUUCAACUUGCCAGAAACACAUUUGCUGGCCUGUUUAGUGAAUUACUUUGACAACAGUCCAGAUUUUAAACGAACAAGUAAUGGUGUUAUUAGCUCAGAUGAGUUGCUUUUGACUUACAAAAGCAUUCAUCAAGAUGUCAGGGCAGCAGUAGACUGGGUUCAUUUGAAGGGAACACUGAAACAAAACACUGUUGAUAACCUUGACACAUAUGUUAUUAAAGAGCCUAAACUUGCAAAGUUAUUGAGCAGAAUGAGGAAAAAUGGGCGCAAGACAUUUAUACUUACAAACAGUGGCUAUUCGUACACAGACAAAAUCAUGACGUUCUUGUUGGAUGAAAAAGAUGAGUCUGGGAAGACGAUCAAGAAGUGGACGUCGUAUUUUGACUACGUUGGUGUAGAUGCUAUGAAACCAAUCUUCUUUGGAGAAGGUAAUUUUCAUUUAUGCCUGUGUAGUAGAGGGGUGAAAGAUUCUGUUAACUGCCUUACAGUAUAUUGGGUUGCAAAUAUUUUUAUUGAAGGAAUGUCAAUGCUGACUUGCUUUUUUAUGACAGAAACACAUUUGCUGGCCUGUUUAGUGAAUUACUUUGACAACAGUCCAGAUUUUAAACGAACAAGUAAUGGUGUUAUUAGCUCAGAUGAGUUGCUUUUGACUUACAAAAGCAUUCAUCAAGAUGUCAGGGCAGCAGUAGACUGGGUUCAUUUGAAGGGAACACUGAAACAAAACACUGUUGAUAACCUUGACACAUAUGUUAUUAAAGAGCCUAAACUUGCAAAGUUAUUGAGCAGAAUGAGGAAAAAUGGGCGCAAGACAUUUAUACUUACAAACAGUGGCUAUUCGUACACAGACAAAAUCAUGACGUUCUUGUUGGAUGAAAAAGAUGAGUCUGGGAAGACGAUCAAGAAGUGGACGUCGUAUUUUGACUACGUUGGUGUAGAUGCUAUGAAACCAAUCUUCUUUGGAGAAGGUACAGCACUGAGGAGGGUGGACACAGAGACUGGAACUCUUAGCAUUGGAAGAUACUCUGGUGAACUUAAGGCGGGACAAAUCUUCUCUGGAGGUUCAUCUGAUGUGUUUUGCAACUUGCUCGGAGCCGAAGGAAAGGACAUCCUGUACAUUGGAGACCACAUCUUUGGCGAUAUUCUUAAAUCCAAGAAAAAGCAAGGGUGGAGAACGUAUCUUGUGAUUCCUAGCCUUCGUGAUCUUGAUGUCGCCUUAGCUGACACGUACAAAAACUUGGACUCAGCCGCUACAGACAAACCAGAUAUCACUGAGAUAAAAAACUCAAUUAGGUAUUCCUUUUUAGAUGUUUUUGAAAAGCUUCGUGAUCUUGAUGUCGCCUUAGCUGACACGUACAAAAACUUGGACUCAGCCGCUACAGACAAACCAGAUAUCACUGAGAUAAAAAACUCAAUUAGGGAUGUAACGAGCAUGAUGGAGACGUGUUACGGACAGAUGGGAAGUCUCUUUCGCAGUGGUAAUAGACAGACCUUCUUUGCCAGCCAAGCUACCCGCUAUGCCGAUUUGUAUGCAGCUUCAUGUGUAAACUUACUGCAUUAUCCCUUCAGCUAUCUCUUCAGAGCUCCACCUCAACUGAUGCCUCAUGAGUCCACAGUGGAACACACAGGUGAGCUAUUUGAGCCCACAGAGAGUAGUGCCUUUGCCCCACGAGGUUUCUCCUUUAGUGAAGACACACCCUGCACCCUUCACAGAGAAAUUUCAAUAAGUUCCACAGGAAGCAACUCUUCUGGCUCAGCUCUUGCAAGAACACCACUCAGGUGUAGUGAUGACGUUGAUGAUGAUGAUGAUUCCCCAGAAGAAAAUGUUGAAGAACCUACUCAAGAUCCCCUUGAGACAGUUCAUGAAGAAAAGACCAGCAUUUAAAGUCAUCUAGAGGAAAGUCAUUGUGCCAGCCAAAAUUGUCGUGGUACAGAGGUAAGGUGGCCUCCAAGAACGGAACAAGAAAAAUUAAUGGGAAAUUGCUCUGCAUACAUUGGACAUGCCUUGAAAUCUUUAAUUCUUGGCUUAGGGGAACAUCAAUAUUUAAUUAUAAUGAUUUAUACUUCCCAAGGGUAAAUGCCUGUUUUGUCUUCAGUGACAUUACACUAAACACACAAGGAAAAUAGGACACAGUGCUGCUCAAUCCAGUUCAAGAUUUUUGUCAAAGUAAUUUUAGUUAUUUUAACACUGUUACUGACCAUUCAUAUGAAUGUUUCCCACCAAUAUUUUAUUUAUUUAUUGGUACUGUUUCUUUUUAACCUUUUCAAAAUAAAAUAUUAAAUGAUUUGGUCAGGCACUAUUGGGACUGAACGGGUUAAGGCAGGGAUUCUAUCAAUAGUUUAUUUCACAACAACAAAAAACUGAUGUUGACACAGAAAACAGUUUGAAGGAAGAGCACCACAAGGCAUUUAUGGAGGCCAAAAGUAUUGUCUAAAGAGGAUACCCCUAGUGGUUAUUUAAAGGACAUGCAUGUGCUGCAUCUCUUGCAUAAUUUACUCAGCAGUUAUUAAAUGCAGCCCACAUUUAUACAGCGAGUGGUUGAAGAGGCGUUAACGGGAUUAGAAGAAAACACAAUAAUUUUAAAAGAAUCAAACAUAUUAGAUUUUAAUAUUUUAACUUUGACUCUUAAUGACAUUCAAUCCAUCUAGAAGUAGUUGAUGGAAUAUCAUAUUGAGGGUUAAAGUUCUAUUUUUUUGCCAGCAAAUUUAAAGUUGAACUGGUGAAAAAAAAUAUUUUAUUUUCUUCGAGCUUUUUCAAAUAUUAUUGGGUUUAGGAAGGUUUUAAAACACUGGUUUACAGUUGUGCACAAAAGUAUGACCAUAAAUUAUAUAAAUCUUAAAAAUGAUGAAAAAUAUAAUUCCCUUGUCUUUCUGUAUGUCUCAAGUACUACAAUGUUGAUACAAUAGGUUACCAAACCUCCAAGGGAGCUAUUACUGCUUUUUAAUACCGAGAAGAAUUCUUAGUGGAUCUAAUUACUAAUGCUAAGCAUUUGGUUUACCUAGUUGUUAUGUAUUGCCCUACAAGAAAUACAACUAUAAUAGUUUUCCUCUUGCAUUUUGUCAUAAUCAUUCAUCAAACAAGGCUAUCAAGAGUAAUCUUUCAGAAAGUGGCAUGAAAGAAAGUCAUGUAUUUUUAGCGAUUUGGGAUUAGGCUUUAUUCCAAAUCCUUAUUUGUAGGUUUUUAUGUGGCUAAGUAUCCUAGAUAAAGGGAAUAAUACGAGAGAGAGUAAAGCAAAUUAGACUGACUGCAGGCAGAUUUUCUAGUAGCAGGUAUCUAGUUGACACUUCCUCUUUUUAAAAUUGUUACAUUAAGACUGUAAGGUUAUCAGUUCAUACUUUUGUUUAUUGUUAUAACAAGAGUUUGCGUUCACAAUAGCAUGAUGGUAUUACAAUUCUUAAAUCAUAAAAUGUUAUUUAGUCAUUCUUUGGGUUACACUUUAUUUACAUCAUUAGUAUUAAAUGAAAAGGAAAGAGCA